CUCUCUGGGCUGUGCCCCUGCGGACUGAGCAGCCAUGCUGCACCUGCUGGCUCUCUUCCUGCACUGCCUCCCGCUGGCCUCUGGGGACUACGACAUCUGCAAAUCCUGGGUGACCACGGAUGAGGGCCCCACCUGGGAGUUCUACGCCUGCCAGCCCAAGGCAAUGCGUCUGAAGGACUACGUCAGGGUGAAGGUGGAGCCCUCGGGCAUCACGUGUGGAGACCCCCCUGAGAGGUUCUGCUCCCAUGAGAACCCCUACCUGUGCAGCAACGAGUGUGACGCCUCCAACCCCGACCUGGCGCACCCGCCGCGGCUCAUGUUCGACCGGGAGGAGGAGGGGCUGGCCACCUACUGGCAGAGCAUCACGUGGAGCCGCUACCCCAGCCCGCUGGAGGCCAACAUCACCCUGUCGUGGAACAAGAGCGUGGAGCUGACGGACGACGUGGUGAUGACCUUCGAGUACGGCCGGCCCACGGUCAUGGUCCUGGAGAAGUCCCUGGACAACGGGCGCACGUGGCAGCCCUACCAGUUCUACGCCGAGGACUGCAUGGAGGCCUUCGGCAUGUCCGCCCGCCGCGCCCGCGACAUGUCGUCCUCCAGCGCCCACCGCGUGCUGUGCACCGAGGAGUACUCGCGCUGGGCGGGCUCCAAGAAGGAGAAGCACGUGCGCUUCGAGGUGCGGGACCGCUUCGCCAUCUUCGCCGGCCCCGACCUGCGCAACAUGGACAACCUGUACACGCGGCUCGAGAGCGCCAAGGGCCUCAAGGAGUUCUUCACCCUCACCGACCUGCGCAUGCGCCUGCUGCGCCCCGCGCUGGGCGGCACCUACGUGCAGCGCGAGAACCUCUACAAGUACUUCUACGCCAUCUCCAACAUCGAGGUCGUGGGCAGGUGCAAGUGCAACCUGCACGCCAACCUGUGCUCGGUGCGGGAGGGCAGCCUGCAGUGCGAGUGUGAGCACAACACCACGGGCCCCGACUGCGGCAGGUGCAAGAAGAACUUCCGCACGCGGGCCUGGCGCGCCGGCUCCUACCUGCCGCUGCCCCACGGCUCUCCCAACGCCUGUGCCGCUGCGGGCUCCGCCUUUGGCAAGUGGACCAGGCCAUCAACAGCUGCCCCUCUUGGGGAGAGCUCCCCCCAGCCCCAGGUUUCCUCCAGUGAAGAAGCUGCGGGCACUUCCGCUGCUGUCCCCACCCCUGCUAAGAGCUCCAAACUAUUCCAGCUCAAGCCCAAAUCUCCUCAAGUGAUGCCUAUUGAAGAAUUCCAAGACUGUGAGUGCUACGGCCAUUCCAACCGCUGCAGCUACAUCGACUUCCUGAACGUGGUGACCUGUGUCAGCUGCAAGCACAACACCAGGGGCCAGCACUGCCAGCACUGCCGCCUGGGCUACUACCGCAACGGCUCGGCUGAGCUGGACGACGAGAACGUCUGCAUCGAAUGUAACUGCAAUCAGAUCGGCUCCGUGCACGACCGGUGCAACGAGACGGGCUUCUGCGAGUGCCGCGAGGGCGCGGUGGGGCCCAAGUGCGACGACUGCCUCCCCACGCACUACUGGCGCCAGGGCUGCUACCCCAACGUGUGCGACGACGACCAGCUGCUCUGCCAGAACGGCGGCACCUGCCUGCAGAACCAGCGCUGCGCCUGCCCGAGCGGCUUCACUGGUGUGCGCUGCGAGCAGCCGCGCUGCGACCUCGCCGACGACGACGGCGGCCUGGACUGCGACCGCGCGCCCGGGGCCGCCCCGCGUCCCGCCACCCUGCUCGGCUGCCUGCUGCUGCUGGGGCUGGCCGCCCGCCUGGGCUGCUGA